AUGGAGGAGUUUGUCACAGCCCAUGAUUCCAUGGCAGACAAGAUGGAGGACAUAGAAAAUAGGUUGAAGCGAUAUGAAAACAAAAUUAUGGAUAUGGAAGACUGUUCCCGCCGCAAUAAUCUACGGCUGAGGGGCAUAUGGGAAGACGUUCACCAGCAGGAGCUAACGGCCUACGCUAUAGAGUUUUUUCACUCCAUGCUGCCCGACAUCCCGGCAGAUAUGCUGAUCCUAGAUAGGAUACACAGAGUAGCAAAGCCUGCACACUUACCUCCCUCCACACCACGAGACGUCCUCAUGAGAAUACAUUACUUUCACAUUAAAGAGCAGAUCUUGAAAACCCACCGAACCAGCAGAAAUGUUCCAGAGAAGUUUAAAGACAUCAGUAUCUACACAGAUCUAUACGCAGAAACACUAAGAAGACGUCGGACGUACCGAAACAUCACAAAGACACUCCACCAGCGUAACCUCCAGUACCGAUGGGGAUACCCGGUAAAGCUGCUCAUUAACAAAGACGGCAAGACGCAUGUGAUUACGUCCACCGCAGAGGGCACCGACCUCCUCCAGUCUUGGGGCAAUGCAGUAAACAACAUCCAGAACGCGGGUCAACCUCGAGGCAGCAAAUUACAGGGGGAAUAG